AUGGUACGCACCCGACAAGGGACACGAACUGAGCCACCCUCCUUAGAAAGGAGGGGCAUGAACCGAGGUGCCCAAGGUUGGCAAGACGAAGAUCCCUUAGAUGAUACGGCAUCUCAUGCUCCGAUAAUACCGCCCGAAACUUUGCAGGGGGAAGAUACGGUGGCAGGAGAAGGCCCGAGGUCUCAUCAGACAGAGGGAACACCCCCAGUCGCAACGGAGCAGCGAGAAAGAUCAGAAGCACAGCCAUCUACUGUUCCAACUGGUGUGCCCCCACAAUAUGUAGAUGCAGGACUCCUUGUACAAAUAGUUAAAGCAGUGAUGGAAGGCAUGGCUAGUUCAGCAGCACAAACAACCCCUACCACGCAGAUUCCACCAGCAGCCCCUACGACCAGCAUGACCAUGGAUAAUGUGGUACCACUGGUGCGACUAGUCAAGAGUAUGAGGGAAAUGGGUUGUGAACCGUAUAUGGGGGAACAAGAUGCAGAGAUAGCUGGAAGAUGGAUCAGGAAGGUAGAAAAGACAAUGAUUCAAAUAAGCAUACCCGAGGGUUUGAGGGUAAAUUGUGCAUCCCAGUUACUAUCUGAUAGGGCCAUGACAUGGUGGGAAACAGUUCAGCUGAGGCGUGCGACUGAGACCCUAACUUGGAGUGAUUUCAAGACAGAGUUUGAGAAUCAGUUUUAUUCCAAGUAUCAUCGCAAGGUGAAAGAACAAGAGUUCUUAGCAUUAAGACAGGGUGAUAUGUCAGUAUUGGAGUACGAAAGGAGAUUCCAUGACCUCUCAUUGUUCGCCCCACAUUAUGUGCCGACAGAGGAACAUAUGAUUGAAAAGUUGAGAGAUGGUUUACGACAGGAUUUGAGACAAGGAUUGAUCGCCUUGCGAUUUAAAUCGGUGAGGGAGUUGAUUGAGGCUGCACAAGAAUUGACCACCAGGGCUGCAUCGGAUGUGGUGGCAGAAGUAGACUUGAUUCCCUUAGAGCUGCAUGAUUUUGACAUAAUACUAGGCAUGGAUUGGUUGAGUAAAUACAAGGCACUAAUAGAUUGUUAUGCUAAAACUGUUACUUUUCAAACACCUAAGGGCGAGAAAAUGACUUUUGAAGGAGAGAGAUUUCCCAAACUGAAUGCUUUAAUAUCGGUGGUAACAACCCAAAAACUUUUAAGAAAGGGAUGUAUGGGAUACCUCGCAUACAUCUUAAACUCUGAUGAUGAAGGUCCACGAUUGAAGGAUAUUCCUGUGGUGAAGGAUUUCCCAGAUGUGUUUCCAGAAGAACUACCAGGACUACCCCCGGAGCGAGAGGUAGAGGUGUCUAUAGACACUUUUCCUGGAGUCCCACCCAUAGCCCAACAACCGUAUCGGAUGGCUCCAGCAGAACUGAAUGAGUUAAAGACUCAAUUACAGGAAUUAUUAGACAAGGGGUUCAUACGGCCCAGUAAUUCUCCUUGGGGAGCACCGGUCCUAUUUGGAGCGAGGGCAUUUUCGAAGAUAGAUCUGAGAUCAAGGUACUAUCAGAUGAAGAUUAAAGAAGCGGAUGUAGCAAAGACCGCAUUUAGAACUCGUUACGGACACUAUGAAUUUUUGGUGUUACCGUUUAGGUUGACGAACGCCCCAGCCCUCUUCAUGGAUUUGAUGAAUCGGAGUGACGUUUUUGGGCAAGGUGUUUUUGUCGAGCCUCAAAAAGUCGAAGCAGUCUUGAAAUGGGAAAGACCGACUUCGGUCACUGAAAUACGUAGUUUCCUGGGACUUGCAGGAUACUAUCGGAGAUUUAUCGAAGGUUUUUCCCUGAUUGCAACCCCUUUGACCCAGCUAACUAGGAAGGAUAAGAAGUGGGUGUGGUCGGAAGAAUGUGAGGCAAGCUUCCAAGAAUUGAAGAGGAGGCUCACCACUGCUCCAGUCUUAACUCUCCCCUCAGGGACCGAGGGUUUUGUGGUAUAUAGUGAUGCCUCGGGGAAGGGAUUGGUGUGUGUUUUGAUGCAACAUGGGAAGGUGAUCGCCUAUGCAUCAAGGCAAUUAAAGACUCAUGAGGUGAACUACCCGGUGCACGACUUGGAGUUGGCAGCUGUAGUAUUUGCCUUGAGGAUAUGGAGACACUAUUUGUAUGGGUCUCGAACCCAAAUUUUUACUGAUCAUAAGAGCCUGAAGUAUCUGAUAUCGCAAAAGGAGUUGAACAUGCGGCAAAGAAGGUGGAUAGAGCUCAUUAAGGAUUAUGAUUGCACCAUAGAAUACCACCCGGGGAAAGCAAAUGUGGUGGCAGAUGCCCUCGGUCGCAAAAAUAAAGCCUCCUUGGGAAGCUUAACAGUGGGAAAGGAGCGGCAAUUGGCAGAAUUAAAAGAGUUGGGUGCAGAUUUGGGAAUUGAUGCAAAAGGUGGGUUAGUAGCCCAAUUAUUGGUGCGACCAACGUAUCGAGAACAGAUACUACAUGCCCAAUUCCAUGACAAGGUGGGAUCCAAGAUUAGGAAGAAUGUGGAGGCCGGGGUAGAAAUGAAAUUCCGAGUAGCGGAUGAUGGAUCCUUGAUGAUGGGACAACGGUUGUACGUGCCUGAUGACGAAACAGUCAAACGUAUGGUUCUGCAAGAAGCACAUGAGUCCAAAUUCUCCAUACAUCCUGGCAGUACUAAGAUGUACCGAGACCUGAAACACCUCCAUUGGUGGCCUAAUAUGAAAAGGGAAAUAGCUGAGUAUGUGUCAAAGUGUGGGAUAUGUCAACAAGUCAAGGUUGAACACCAAAGGCCUGCGGGACCAUUACAGCCAUUAAGAAUUCCAGAAUGGAAGUGGGAGAUGAUCACCAUGGAUUUCGUGUCAGGAUUUCCCAAGGGGAGAAAAGGAAAUGAUGCAAUAUGGGUCAUUGUGGAUCGGUUGACGAAAUCCGCACUAUUCUUGCCUGUAAAGCUGACCGACUCGGUGGACAAGCUUGCCAAGAUCUACAUAAAUGAGGUGGUACGACUUCAUGGGAUUCCGAUGUCCAUUGUAUCGGAUCGAGAUCCUAGGUUCACCUCUCGACUUUGGCCAAGCAUACAACAUGCCUUGGGGACAAGAUUGGACAUGAGCACUGCGUUUCACCCUCAAACGGAUGGCCAAUCGGAAAGAGUCAUUCAAGUCUUGGAAGACCUAUUACGGGCAUGUGUGCUAGAAUUUGGAGGAAACUGGGAGGAACACAUGGCAUUGGUGGAGUUCACGUAUAACAAUAGUCACCAAGCCACAAUAGGGAUGGCCCCAUAUGAAGCCUUGUAUGGUAGGAGGUGUAGAACUCCUUUAUGUUGGGAGGAAAUUGGGGACCGGAAGUUAUAUGGCGCAGAGUUAGUUCAAGUCACCACGGAGAAAGUGAGAAUUAUCAGGGAUCGCAUCAAAGCCGCACAGGAUAGACAGAAGAAGUAUGCCGAUGUGAGGAGAAGACCUCUCGAGUUCAGUACGGGGGACCAGGUGUUCCUGAAGGUAGCCCCAUGGAAGAACAUGUUACGAUUUGGAUUGAAAGGAAAGUUAACUCCCCGUUUCAUUGGACCCUUCAAAAUCUUACAACGAGUUGGACCAGUAGCCUACAAGGUGGAUUUGCCCCCACAGUUAGCCAGGGUCCAUGAUGUGUUCCAUGUCUCCUUGUUAAGGAAGGCUAACGUAGACCCCGCCCGAGUUCUACCCCAGGUCCCAGUAGAGGUCAAGGAAGACUUAACACUGGAAUUGAGGCCCAUAAGGAUACUAGAUCAAGAAGUGAAGGAGUUACGGAGCAAAAAGAUCCCCAUCGUUAGAAUCUUAUGGCGAAAUGCUCAAGUAGAAGAGGAAACUUGGGAGAGAGAGGCUGAGAUGAGAAAAAAGUACCCCAAUUUAUUUGAUCUACCAGGUAUGGAGUGUGAAACUUCUUAA